AUGGCUGAGGCCUUGCUCCCAGAGCUGGAGGGAGAUGCCGAAGCCACGCCUUGCCCCAGUGUCCUGGAGCUAGAGGAGCUCCUCAGGGCAGGGAAGGUCUCUUGCAGCCGUGUGGAUGAAGUUUGGCCCAAUCUUUUCAUAGGAGAUGCGGCCACGGCAAAUAACCGCUUUGAGCUGUGGAAGUUGGGCAUCACCCACGUGCUGAACGCCGCCCAUGGGGGCCUCUACUGUCAGGGCAGCCCUGAUUUCUACGGCAGCAGUGUGAGCUACCUGGGGGUGCCAGCCCACGACCUCCCUGAUUUUGACAUCAGCACCUACUUCUCCUCUGCAGCUGACUUCAUCCACCGUGCCCUCAGCACACCUGGGGCCAAAGUCCUCGUGCACUGUGUGGUGGGUGUGAGCCGCUCUGCCACACUGGUCCUGGCCUACCUCAUGCUGCACCAGCAGCUGUCCCUGCGUCAGGCAGUGAUCACUGUGAGGGAACACCGGUGGAUCUUCCCCAACCGCGGCUUCCUCCACCAGCUCUGCCAGCUGGACAAGAAACUGCGGGGCACAAGCCGGAGCUAA